GCGUUGCGAGCGCAUAUCCGAACAAGGGUCGAUCCCACGUGUCAUUUCUUAGCCGACCACAGCCGCCAUGGCCAAGCCCAGUCGUCGCCAGAGUCGGCGCAAGGCCUCAGCCGUCGAGAACGCCAAGCAGAGAUCGGAGCCGACCAAGGUCUUGCCCCCCGCCGAUGAUGCUGCGCACUACAUGUACCUCUACGCCGCGAUGGUCGUGGUCGCGGCGACAUGCGCCCGCAUCGACAUCGUCGCGCUUGCCGUGCCGUCGCGGUACGUGGCCUCCUGGUGGCGCUUCCUCUUUGUCAUUAUCGUGUGCAUCAACGUCCGGAACCACGCGGCCCUCGCACGCCGCUCGUGGCUGCUGCGAUGGGCUGCCUACGUCGUUUGCAACUUUGCCGGUAUGACGGUCACCCAAACGAUCCGCGGCGAGACGUUGGGCUACCUGCACAGCCUCACGCCAUGGCAAGACGUCACAUCUGCCGGCCUCCUCGUCGAGGCGCUGGUCGCAUGGAAGCCAGCGGCGCAAGCGACGAGUCUCAUGGCGCUCCGCGGUCUCUGCGGCUUCCCCGUCGCCGUCUGGAAGUGCUGGAGCGUGAGCCAACACAUCCACUACGCGUACACUGCGUCCGUGUCCUGGGCCAAAGUAGUUCCAAUGGUCACGUCCGACAUGUAUGCGAGUGGCAUCGCCCUCGCGUGUAUUGCGCACGUCGUGAGCACGCGCUCGCUCCUGCCGACGCACCUGGCGCAGCUCCAGUGGCCACUCGAGAUCGCAGCCACCGUCGCCACGAGCAUCCUGAUCGUGCACAUUUGGCACAGCGACGAGGCUCUGCUGCGUCCUCUCGGGUACACCGCCAUGCUGCUCUUCAACAUGCACAAGUUUUGCGGUGCGUCGCUGACGUACUUUAGUCGUGCGCGCAAAGUCGUUUAAUCUUGAUACGAACGUAUUAGAUAUCUUUCUACUUUCU